AUGUCUUCAACCGUUCACGAUCCCAGACUUCUCUACAGCAUUAACAAUAUACUCGCCUUCCAUAUUCAACAUGGCGAAGAGACCGAGCUCACCCCGUCGGGUCCUCAAACCCUUUCUCUCCUAAUGGUUCCAACAAGCACAAUUCCUCAGUCCCCCUCUGCAGAAGCAUCUUCGGAAGAAGAUUUCUACCUCCAUCUGCAUCUUCCCCCGGAGCUGGACCUUGCGCUUCCGGCAACAACUCAGAUCUACCAUCAACCCCCCAACAGUUAUCUGAUCCCUCGAUGGGACCUGGGGCCUGAUGCGGGAGCAUUCAUUCGCAUACAAUUCCCCGGUAUUGGGUCAGGCCCAGGCAAGGUGACGCAGGAGGAUGUUGACACUUUCGAGACAAUUCUGGCACAAUGCACGGCAUUUCUUGAGCGCGCACCACCUCCUCCAAAAGGCCAUGCCGCUUAUAACCCAGCAGAAUAUGCACCCGGUGAGGGUUAUGUGUCAUCCCCCAAUGCCAAUGCCAAUGCCAAGGCCGGUGAGCAUGGCGCGAUCGUGCUCAUCGACGAGGAGAAUGGCAGUGUAGUUGGUGAGAUGGAGGGAUACGAUGUCGUGGAGAAACCUGGUGUGAAACCUGGAUCUAAGAACCCGGUUGAAAUCCAACUGCCUGCUGAAGGCGAAGGCAACCAGAUUAGUGUCAGCAAUGUAUCUGAAGAGUAUCUACGAAUGGCUCGGCACCCCGCCUAUAAAGGUUCGACAAUUGUUCAGACGUCUGCCACAGCAUCUCGUCUGGUCGUCACGGGAUCUUCAUACCUUGCCAGCGCCCUGACCAACGGAGCGGACAGCUUUACAAAGAAGACAAAGCCCAAUCCGAAGCCGAUGACAUUUUCCGAGACGACGCAGUCUCGAAUUCGGAAGAUCGGGAACUUUUCGCACGGUGCAGCGGAUAUUUCAGCCAAGACCGUUGGCCAAGUGAAUAAGUACGCGCAAAGCUUUGGUGCCUCAAUGUCCCGGCGCAAGGAAGACAGCCGGAAAAGGGGCGUUGACAAGACAGGCAACGGAGACUACAAGCCGGGCGUGUUGAACAAGUCGAUGAUCGCAUUUUCGACCCUGGCAGAUGGCAUUGAGCAGGGUGCGCGCACCGUGCUGACCUCCGGGAGCGAAGCAGCCAGCACGAUGAUCGGGCAUCGGUACGGAGAUGAAGCAGGUGCAGUGGCCUCGAACGUGACUGGUGGGUUCAAGAACGUCGGAUUGGUGUAUAUUGACGCCUCUGGGGUCAGCCGCAAGGCACUGAUCAAGUCUGUGGCGAAGGGCAUGGUCGUGGGACGGAUGCGAAAUGGCAGACAAGUGUUGGUGGGCACGGGGGACGGCGGAGAGGUUCCCUCUCAUGUUGCUGGCAGCCCGGGCCCCAGUGGACAGGGGAAGAAUGAUCCCGUGGCAAGACGCCCAUCGUCCAACGCCACACCGCCUCCUGCGUACAGCGCUUCAGGUACCCGGUCGGUGGGUGGAACACCAAUGUCAGGGGGCAAGCGGUAG